AUGAGUGCAAACCUUCGAUAUCUCCUAGUCUUCUUUUGCGUCCUCCUCACGGUUGGCGCUGAUACCUUCCCCGCCUACAAUGUCAAACCACGCGAGGCAACCCCCGAUGGCUGCCUCGAGUUAGCCGGGGCCCUCUUCGGACCCGACGACUACAAGAUCACCAUGCACAACGGACGCUACAUUGCGCUCGCCUGCGACGGCCGCAAGCGCGUCGAGUGCGACACCAUCUCUGGCGGAGUCUUUGGAACGGACAAUUGCGAUUCCCCCGACCCGGCCGAUGGCGCCCCAAACGAUAUCCCGACUGAAGAGGAAGCCAUCAAGAUGGGGAUGGAGCUGCUCACGAGCCUCCACAUGCUGCCUGAAGAGGAGGGCGGCGUUGUCAUUGAGCCCGCAAGCACCAGCAACACGUUCCUGGCCCACGAGUAUGAGUUUGGCGAAGGGAACUACGUUCGCGAUGACUGGAAAAUUGAUAUAACGGUGAAUUUAAAAGUCAGCAUCGUAGUUGGGGACAAUACAUUCAUGCUCACAGGCGGUGGGGGGAAGUUCCUGGUCACGUACGGCAGCUGCGGGAAGCCGAUCGUGUUCCAGGCGCUCUGGCGGGAAAUCUGCGGGGAGAAGAUGGAAGAAAUCCCUUCCCGGGAGCAGGCGAUAUCAGAAUAUAUAGCAAGUCUGGGCCCGCUCGGCCCUAACGCGACUGUCGAGGCCAAGCUGGGCUACCAGUCCGAACCGUUCGGGGUAUGUCAGGAGGUCAUGCAUCCAGUGUGGAUACUUGAGGGAGAGGUUGUCGCGAACGGCCAAAAAGUCCCAGUCCGGCCCCAGAACUCUCGCUAUGCGGCUUCAGAUAACCAGAUAACCCGCAGAGAUUCGGGCACCGGAUCCCUACCGAGGGAGGCCCACUGGCCAGCCCCCCGAUCCAACGACGACGACGAUAACUGUAAACUCGAGGUGGGGAUGGAAUAUCUUGGUGAGCCAUACGGCCUGGGGCUCGCGAGCGAGAACGCGGCCGGUUUCCGGUCCGGGGUCAUGCACACCGCGCCCAUCGGCAACGUCACAUACGAGAAGAGCAAUGCGCUUGUCUGGGGCUCCGAUUGGACGACAGAUAACAAAACAUACGUGGAGUCAGCCGACCUGGUGUGGUACACCGGCCAUGCAAACAGCAACGGCUGGAUGGUCACUGUGCCAGACACAGGAGCACCAACAAUGGCCCGCUACACAUCCUUCAAUCAGUCGGGCAACGGGCUCGGAGAGCAGGACCUCGAGUGGCUCAUCAUCGCUGCCUGCGGACCGCACCAGGACGAGGCGUUCGAAAAUGGCGCGGGGAGCGUGUUUGAUAGGUGGAGGGGGAUCUUUCAUGGGCUACACAUCAUGUUUGCGUACGGCAGCGCGUCGUCCGAUUCGGCGGAGGAGGGAGCCAAGUUCAUGAGGUACGCACAGGAGGGCAACAGCCUGAUCGAUGCGUGGUUCCGGGCCGCGAAGGAAGUGCAACCCCCGGGGGUCGUCGUGACGGCGAUGUGGGCGGACGGUGCCAGGGAUGACCAUCUUCCGGGCUACGGGUCUGUCUCCGAGGACAGCUCCUCGGCGCCGCAGGAAAUGUGGUUCAUGUGGACGACUACUUAG